GUUCGAGCUGACUGGAUAGUCGAGGAGGGUUCUAUGUUGACAGCAGCUCAACAAGCUCAAACUGCUGUGCGAAAAAGAAGGGUAAUGUAUGUGUUGAUUCUGAUGGUGGUGGUGUUCAUGGCAAGUUGGUUACCAUUAUCAGCUGUCAACUUGAUAAAAGAUUUAGAAAUUCCUUUGAGUUGA